GGACAAAAAGUCGUUUUUCCAGAUCAAGCCAGAUUUCGUUUUCUCCUCGUUCGGUAACUUUACGACGAUCCCUCCAGACACUUGCAGACCGACCUUUACCCCCACGUCCACGGACUGCACGCAGCCUAUAGGAUGCUUCGGGUAGUAAAAGCAGGACUGUGCACACUUCAGCAGAGCCACAUUAUUAAAGACGUGCUCGUAAAGUUACCGAGGUGUGCUGUGUACAGAAACAUGUCGUCUGUAGCUAAUAGACCGGUUACCUUACUGGGGACCAUGGCGUUCGGUGGACGCGCAACCGCCGAGCAAAGCCACGACAUGGUGAAGGUGUUCCUGGGCAGGGGGCACAAGCAUGUGGACACAGCCUUCAUGUAUGUGGAUGGAAAGUCCGAGGAAAUCAUUGGAGGCAUGAAUCUUCCAAAAACAGUGAGCAUAGCUACCAAAGCCAACCCGUGGGAUGGGAAGACACUGAAGCCAGAGAGUGUGCGCUCCCAGCUAGAAACCUCCCUUCAAAGGCUGCAGACUGAUUGUGUGGAUCUUUUCUACCUCCAUGCUCCUGACCACCAAAAUCCCAUAGAGGACACCCUUAGGGCCUGCAAUGAGCUCCACAAAGAGGGAAAAUUUAAGGAGUUUGGCCUGUCAAACUAUGCAUCAUGGGAAGUGGCUGAAAUUGUGUGCAUUUGCAGACACAACAACUGGAUUGUUCCUACCGUGUAUCAGGGAAUGUACAAUGCCACUACAAGGCAGGUAGAGACAGAGUUGCUGCCCUGUCUGAGAAACUAUGGAAUGAAGUUCUAUGCAUAUAAUCCCCUGGCAGGUGGCCUUCUGACAGGAAAAUAUCAUUAUGAAGAUAAAGAUGUUUCUAAGCCUGAAGGACGAUUUUUUGGUAACAACUGGGCUGCAGCAUACAGAGACAGAUACUGGAAGCAGAGUCAUUUCCAAGCGAUAGACUUGGUUCUUAAGGCUUUGGAGACAGUGUAUGGCUCAAACAAACCCACACUGACUUCUGCUGCUAUGCGCUGGAUGUAUCAUCAUUCCCAUCUCAAGGGUGAUCUGGGUGAUGGAGUCAUUAUUGGCAUGUCAAGCAUGGAGCAACUUCAGCAAAAUCUAGCUGCUGCUGAGGAGGGGCCUCUGGAUGAGCGAGUGGUUGCUGCCUUCCAUGAAGCCUGGAAUAUUGUUGCUCAUGAGUGUCCAAAAUACUUCCGUUGAGGACCCUUUUUACUGUAUGGCUAAAUGAAAAUUGCUGGGCCAAACAUUUUAUGCAGGUUAAUGCUAAACUCUUUUUCCCUUUUGAUUACCUACACUUAUUUCUAAAAUCUCAUUGAAAUCAGUAAUUUUACUAUGAAUGGAUAAAUUGAGAUCAGUAUUAUUCAUGUGUAGAAAUACGUAACUGUAAAUGUCAAAAUGAGAAUUUAAUAGUUAUUUUACCCAUGGUAAAGUCAUGCCUUAAUUAAACUGCUGACCGUUAAAGCAAACUAUUUUUCUGAAAAAACAUUUUUCACACAAAUAAAGUUCAAGUCUUGCACCAACAGUGUUUCCACUGAAAA